UUUUGGAUAGAAUAAGUUCAUAAUUGUAAUCAGUAAUGUAAUAUACAUUCCAAUUACAGAAGCGAUCCACUGUUACACCCAGAAAUGACACAUCAUGUACUUCUUUAAUUUUUUCACCUUUAUAUUUAAUAAACAGUUGAUAAACAUCAUCGUAAACGUUUUUGACUGGAAGAUAACAGGUACCUACACCCUUCUUGUAUUUCGUCGCCUCGGAAUAAUUUUCCCCUUCCAUAUUCUUAACAAAACCCGCCUACUGUAAAGAAUGGGAUACUGAGGCAUACAAUACGUUCAUUAGUCGUUCAACGCUUACAGUUGUAAGCUCUUGUUUUACACCUUACUUCUUUUAAGCAAUAAUUUCGACAUGGCGCUGUGGACACCAUAUAUUGAAGAAUGUCCUCUUGAUUUGAGUAAAACAAGAAAUAAUGAAAUAAUUCCGGCAGCGUUAGAAAGACCAUCUUCUAUUGAUCUCAUACCAUUUAAUCACAUGGAUUCUGCGCGUGAGGGGUGUCAUCUUCCUGUUCCUGUUCCCGUAGUGCAACAAACUGGAUAUAGUCAUUAUUUAGAGGACUAUUCUCACAUAUCAGCGAAUUCUGUGUUGACAUCGCCAGAAUUACUAGAACUACAGGGAUGCGAACCGGAGUCAUUGUCAGAUGAUCUAGAAUACACAGAAUUUGAAAAAGACGCCCUCAGAGUAAUUGCGGAAAGAAAUGGUGGAAUGCUGAUAGGGCAUAACCCUAAAAUGAAAAGAACUAUUCAAACAAAUGAAGCAGCUGACGAAGCAUAUCGUAUACAGCGGCAAAAAAAAUAAUUUAGCCGCAAAACGGAGCAGAGAUAAAAGAAAAAUGCGGGAACUUCGUUCGUCACUACAAGUAACUUAUUUAACGAAGAAGGUCGCAGAAAUGAAGGCAAAACUGGCUACUAAUCCUUGCAAGGAUUGUCUUGAACGAUCACGUAGCGUCAAUUUUUAAUUUUUGUGAAGAAUUUAUGUAUUUUAAGUGUGAUAUUUUCGUGCAACAAAAU